CUCAACACGGAAUCCUAGACCGCCUAUCUCCACUAUAGCACAUUAACCUUAUCCUCAACUAUACCAAGGACCGCUGAUCUUGCACCAUAACACGGAAUCCUCGACCGUCUAUCUCCACUAUAACACAUUAACCUUAUCCUCAACUAUACCAAGGACCGCUGAUCUUGCAUCAUACCAUGGCAUGCUAGUCUGUCUAUUUACUACAUGUAGUAUAUAAAAAAAAUCUGUUUCUCCAAUAUAGCACACUAACAUUAUCCUCAAUUAUACCAAGGAAACGCUUAUUUUGCAUCACAAUUUAACAUGGAAUCCCAGUCCUUACAAAUACUACUAUAUCACGAUAUACUGCUUCUCAACUAUGAGAUGAAAUCUGUGCCCCCUCCUGUUGGCUAUUUUGGGAACAUUUACAAAAACAGAUGAUGUGACUGAUAACAUUUACAUAUGAAUAAAGAGUAUAUCCAGCUACACAGACUGAUGUGUAUUGUUCACUCUCAAACGUUACCAACUAGGACCCGGAAGCCUUCUAAAGCCUCACAACAUUAAGAAUAACUACCUCAAAUACGGUUCACAUUUCAAAGAAAAAAACAAAAACUGAAAUUCAAUAUUAAUAUUACAUACAUGUGUGUGAACUUACAAUGAUACCUGUUAAACAAGUUUUACUGAACCUUUCUGAAACUGCCUUUUAUAAAUUCAGUAGCCAAUUUGUAAGCUGACCACACAACCUUGUUCUGGUGAAUUCAUCCGUUUCUUUCCAUGUGACUGACUGAAUUGCGACUAGAUAUGAAUUAUUAUAUAUUUUCGUUUACCACAUGGGACGGAGUAAACAAUAUUGACAUGUAUACGGGUAUGUUGUCAUCGCAUGGGAUUGUCUAUGACUGCUGACGUCACACACGUGACCCGAUGACCUGUCCAAGAUGAUGUUUAAAACAAGAUGGCGGAAGAGUACCCUGUGUCUGCUUGCAGUGGUCAUGGUGGUGGUCAUCCUGGUGAUGAACAUACUGGACGUUCCCUUCGGCCUGCUGGACAAGGGUCUCCAAGUGGAACGUGAUCCACUACUAGCUUCUCCUGUUUCCGUUCCUGUGAUCAUUCCAGAAGUUGAAGUGUAUACAUUCCAGGAAGUGACGAAAUGGACACGUGACUCAAACGUGUGCGCUGCCAUAGACAAUAAGAUAUACCAUGGAGAUUUUUUCCGUGUUCCUUUAGAAUCUCAGGUUGGUAGCUUAUCCGUGUUUAUCCAUAAUCCAACUAAGGAUGGACUCUCCGGGAAAAUUUAUAAGGAACGAAGAUGGGAGCCGAACAUUCUGAACGUCAUACUUUUGUUCCUCAGAACUGACGAUGACACAAAUUUUAUAGACAUUGGAGCAAAUAUUGGCCUACAUGGUUUGCAAAUCGCCAAGUAUGGACGCAAAGUUUUAGCUUUAGAAGGUAGCAUGUAUAAUGUUCAGCAUAUAUGUGCAUCAACACACUAUGGGCGCUUCCAUGACUACGUAAAGGUUAUAUAUAAUGUUGUAGGAAAGGACCACAGUAUGUCUAACAUAAUACUCGGACGCGGAGGGGAUUUGACCGGAAAUUUUGUGAACAUAUCAAAUAUAAGAAAACAAAAGUUCAAAACUGAUGGUAGGUAUUCGUACAAAGAAACAUCCGUUUCUGUACCAACUGUGAUGCUAGAUGAUUUAGUUACAUGGGAACACUUUGAAAUGUUCAAGAAAUCGUUUAUCAAAAUGGAUGUGGAAGGUUCGGAACACUUUGUAAUGGAAGGCGCAAAACGGUUUAUGCAGAAUUCCAUUAUAAAAGGAAUAAUAAUGGAAUGGACAUGGCAUAUAGGUCAAAGUUCAUCAGAAACGAUACUCAGUAUAAUGAAGUCCUAUAACUUUCAACCUUAUGACUUCGCAAACACCAAAAUCACGCGGAAAAAAUUCUUUACUCAAGACAGUGUUACAAAAUUGUUUCGAAGUUUGAAUCCCAAUGAAUCGAACGUUUGGCCGGAUAAUGUGCUCUGGAUGCCUGCAUCAUGAUCAUUUCUAACAUAUCAGAUUAUGUUGGCGAUGUUCUAUAAGCAAGAGUUUUCUGUCUCCUUAAUGUCUGAAAUACAUUCUCAAAGAAUAAUGUCUCCAUGUAAAGCUGUAAGGCGCAUGCUUUUGCUUACUAAUCCAGCAACGCUGCUUAUCAUAACGUCAUCAAUGCAAUCAAGUCAUUAAGUAUAAUCUCCCAACAGGUGUAUGAUGUGUACUCAGAAUGUUCUAAUGCUAGAUCUGAUGAGUAUAAACCCUAGUUGCCAAGCGUGUAUUCGUGUUACAAAUGUGCUAUCAUGCUAUAAGCGUAUUGUAAAGUGUUACAAAUGUUUACAUGAGUUACAAGUGUGUACAAGUGUAACAAGUAUGUACUCGUGUCACAAGUGUGUUUGCCAUGCUACAUGUGUGUUACACGUGUGUGACAAUUGUGUAAUUGUUCCAAGCGUAUCGUCGAGUCAUCAGUUACAUGAGUUACAAGUAUGUACCGGUGUUACAAGUGUGUACUCGUGUCACAAAUGUGUACUAGUGUCACAAGUGUGUUUGCCAUGCUACAGGCUUGUUACACAUGUGUGGCAAUUGUGUAAUUGUUCAAGGCGUAUACUCGAGUCACCAGUGUGCACUCAUGCAACAAGAGUGUGUAACAAAUGUUAACAUGUGUUACACGUAUGUAUAAGUGUUACAAGUGUAUACCCAUGCUACAAGUGUACACACCAUGCUACAAGUGUGUUACGUGUGCUACAAAAUGUUAACAUGUGUGACAAGUUUGUACAAGUGUGUACUCGUGUAAAAAGUGUAUAAAUUUGCAAUAAAUAUACACGUCACAUGUGCUACAAGUAGUUUUGUUGUAAGUGCGUAUUUGUUUAUAAAAUGUAAACACAUGAUCUCUUCAUGUUCCAUUUACAUAUUGAUGAAUAUAAAACAACGAUACAUGACCUCGUGCUGUAUAUGAAUAUGUAACACAUUGAUAGACAAAUCAUGGAUGAAUGUGUCUGUAUAUCACAUACGUCUGUACAGUGAAUGUGACAUAUAUAUAAACACGUCACUGUUUAACACAUGUGUAAAGACAGUGUAUGGAUUAUAUCUGUAGAUAUUCAUGUGUGGAUCUUUAACACACUAUGGAUACAAUCAUCGGUACGCGUAUUCUAAUGCAUGUUCCAGCUCUGUAAGUAGUUUAUUGGUACACAUAUGACCAUAACAGUUGUUCAUAUUAGUACUAAUGUCAUGAUGGCAACUUAAUUGAUUCAAUAAUUUGUUCGCAGGUUGAUAUACAUUUUGCUUUUAUGUAAUUUAUUCUGACGUAAUUAUUCGUUAUGCUAAACUUUUGAUUUACUCAAUAGUCACUUUAAAAUAAAAUAUCUUCAAACCUGCUUAAAAAGUAUCCGUUCCUUCAAAACAAUUAGAAUCCAAACAUAUUUAAUUAGUAUUUCACUCUCAUUAUCUAUAAAGAUAACCCUGUCCUAAGCAUAUCUAUUAAUACAGGAAUGAAAUGAGGUAACUGUUCCCGAACGAGUUAUGUUUAGUUUUCCCAAAGGGAGAUAAAUCGUACGAUGUACACUGCGCUUGCUUACGUUUGUAUGACCUGUCAAUAGUUUUGAAGUUUUAUGAAAUAUAUUAACGGCUCAUAUCCUGUUUGUUCAUUAUGGCCAAUGAAACAGCUCUCAUUUCUGCAGGAAUAUUUAAUUUAUUGUUGCUUCAUUUUCUCUUGGAUAAAAUAUUAAAAGACCGUAUCAUAUGAAUACGUUGUUCCUACUUGUAUUUAGCUUCACAUGAGUAAAUCAAGACAUAAUUAAAUGCAAAAUCUUCACGCCUUAAAGCUGUUUCCCGUCUUUUCUCAGCCUGGGUUUGGAUUGAUAUGAUAUGUAUCUAAUUUUCUUUGUGUACCUUGAUGGUUGCAAUAUUUUCUGUACAGUGUGGUCAAUUUCAGUUCACUCAAGCUGUGAUGUCCUGAAUUGAAGUGUGUUUAAAUGACGUCAUCAGUUCACAAUUGGCUAUCAACAGGGACAUCUUUGUGAACAUUCCAUUAAAAUAUCUUCAGUUUGUAA